AUGCCAGCAGCUACAGAACGCCGUUACUUGCGCCCCAACCGUCGUCGAGAGACGUCUCCAGCCAACUCCCCUGUCGGCAGCCUGGCUGGCUCGGACGAUUCUGAUGACUACGGUACGGAGUUGAGGAAGGACCUCAAAGAGCGCCAUGUGAAUAUGAUGGCUUUUUCGGCUUGUGUUGGAGUCGGUCUUUUUCUGCAAGCUGGGAAAGUGAUUUAUUUGACUGGACCUGGACUCGCUGUCUUUGCAUACCUGAUCAUGGGUACUGUAAUGUGGUCCGCAAACGCAUCGCUGGGCGAGAUGACCGCCCUCUUCCCGGUAAAAGGCCCAAUCUACGAGUUUCCUCGACGAUUUCUCGAUGAAGCUGUAGGCUACGCGACCGGAUGGAUGACAUGGUUCUCGUGGGUUGUCAUCAUCGCCGCUGAGCUGCUCGCUAUCACGCAGAUCCUCUACUUCAAGUUCGAUAAAGCGUACCUUGACGAUGUCGGAUAUCCCUACGAAAGCCUUGAAUGGCCAGUGGGGCUGAAAACGAACCCCGGAGUCUGGGUUCUUGUCUUCCUGGUCGUUAUUGGUCUCAUCAAUCUUCUGCCGGUGCGACAAUACGGAGAGCUGGAAUACUUUUUUGGCUGCCUUAAGAUGUUCUUCCUCAUAGGACUGAUUAUGUUCAACAUCAUAAUCAACGCCCAAAAGCGAUUCCACGAAAGCAGAUUCUGGACGUACCAAGACCCGUAUGGCUUUAAAUCGCGGAACAUCACCCUCCGCCCCCCGGCAGCCCCAGGUGCCCAAGCGAACGUUAAGACGGGAGACUUUGGGGUCUUUUUAGGCAUGUGGAGCGCCAUGACCACUGUCAUCUUCUCGAUGAUCGGCUUCGAAACGGUCGCGGUUACCGCAGCGGAAAACAAAGACUUGGAAAAGGACGAGACGCUGAAACUUGCAACGCGAAAGCUUUCUCUCCGCGUUAUCCUUCUCUACACGCUGUGCGCGUUUACCGUAGGCUUGAAUGUGCCGUACACGGAUCCCCAACUUGGCGACCUCGUAAACUUUUCUGUUAAAGGAGGCUACACUUCCGCAUUUGUCAUUGCCGCUGUUAGGAACCACAUGCGCUUCUGGCCGCAGUUCAUCAACGGGUUUUACGUCUUUAGCGCUACCACUGCAGGCAUCAACGCCUUGUACAUUGCGUCUCGGACACUCCACGCACUGGCCAGCACGCCGGAUGUUUGGCCGCAGUAUGGACCUGUAGAAAGCUUGAGAUCCCGCCUGGAAAGGACAUGGAAGGGUGUGCCAUACAUAUCGGUGUUCAUUAGCUGGCUCUUUGGCUUUAUUGCGUUCCUCUCCACCAAGCCCUCUCCCGCUCAAAAUUUGGGCCGUAUCGUAGUCAACUCAGUCGUCUCAAUGCUCAUCGUCUACGCGGUUAUCUGCGCGUCGUAUCUCCAGUUCUACCGAUGUAUCAAAGCCGCCGCCAGAGCAGACUUCGACAUGACUCUGGAAAACCCGCAAGCCUAUGAUCGCAACCGAUCUCUCUACCCCUACAAGUCGCACGGACAGUGGGCUCGAGCGAUGUACGGGCUCGUGGCCAGUGCCCUGUUGGCACUGUUCAACGGCUGGCAAACCUUCGUGCGGCCCAUGGAUCACCGCGACUUUAUCGCGUCUUACAUCAGCCUACUGGUUUUUUCCAUCCUGUUCUUCGCGUAUCGAAUCAAGCAACAAGGCAUCAAUAUCUUCAGCUGGAAGAGGAGGGCAUUGGAGCUGCGAAACUUGAAUCCCAUCGAGGUGGAAGCCGAAAACGCAAGACGGCGGCGCGGCACCCUCAAGCUUCCGGACCGAAACCGGACUUUCACAACAGCUAAUCUUGUCGCAAUAGUGCAAUGGACUUGGGUGUGGGUCAAAUAG